GUCACCAGCAGAAGAGAAAUUUCAAAAGAGACCACACUGUGAAAAGGCAGCCCACAACCACAUCGGCUCUCAGAGGAGAUUGCGCUCCUCAGUGAACGCGUCUGAAGAGUGGCCCUGUGUGUCUGUCCUGCAGGCAUGGAACCAAAGCGGAUCAGGGAGGGUUACCUGGUGAAAAAGGGAAGCCUGUUUAGCACCUGGAAACCCAUGUGGGUUGUGCUGUUAGAAGAUGGAAUUGAGUUUUAUAAGAAGAAAAUCGACAACAGCCCCAAGGGAAUGAUCCCUCUGAAAGGGAGCACUCUCACUAGCCCCUGUCAGGACUUUGGCAAAAGGAUGUUUGUGUUGAAGAUCACUACAACCAAACAGCAAGACCACUUCUUCCAGGCAGCCUUCCUGGAGGAGAGAGAUGCUUGGGUUCGGGACAUCAAGAAGGCCAUUAAAUGUAUUGAAGGAGGCCAGAAGUUUGCAAGAAAAUCCACAAGGCGGUCCAUUCGUCUGCCAGAAACCGUUGACUUGGGGGCGUUGUAUCUGUGCAUGAAAGACCCUGAAAAAGGAAUAAAGGAGCUGAAUUUGGAGAAGGAAAAGAAGGUUUUUAAUCACUGCUUCACAGGUAGCAGUGUCAUAGACUGGCUGAUUUCUAAUAAGUCAGUUCGGAAUCGCCAGGAAGGCCUUAUGAUCUCUGCAUCACUGCUCAGCGAAGGGUACCUGCAGCCCGCUGGCGAUCUCUCUAAGAGUGCAGCAGAUGGGACAGCUGAAAACCCUUUUCUAGACAACCCUGAUGCUUUCUACUUCUUCCCGGACAGUGGGUUCUUCUGCGAAGGGAAUUCCAGUGAUGAAGAUGUGAUUCUGAAGGAAGAAUUCAGAGGGGUUAUCAUCAAGCAGGGAUGCUUACUGAAGCAAGGGCACAGGAGGAAAAACUGGAAAGUGAGAAAGUUCAUUCUAAGAGAAGACCCGGCCUAUCUGCAUUACUAUGACCCUGCUGGGGGUGAAGAUCCCCUGGGAGCGAUUCACUUGAGAGGCUGUGUGGUGACAUCCGUGGAGAGCAAUCACGACGGCAAGAAGAGCGAUGAUGAGAACCUUUUUGAGAUUAUCACAGCAGAUGAAGUUCACUACUACCUGCAGGCAGCCACUCCCAAGGAGCGUACUGAGUGGAUCAAAGCUAUCCAAGUGGCCUCACGGACUGGGAAGUGAGGACACUGAGGAUCAUCAAGGUGAACCUGCCUGACCGAGAUUCUGCAACCAGGAAAACAGAUGGAAUUCAAGGCUUGAUUCUGAAUGUUUAGUUGGCAUUUUGUGUUGUCUUCACUUUCCUCACAAGCUUCCUGGGUGUAUACUUUUAAUCUACUCUUUAUUUAAUAUUUCCUGUAUCAAGAACUCGCCAGUCUUAUAGGGCUGUUCUUCCCCCCAGCAUUCAAAUAAAAUGAUAUCGUGUCUGUA